UUUGUCGUGUGCGGAUAUAUACACACACGAAGCCAUUCCUGCCUACGCAUCGCCUGUCCGCAGUGUCCUCUUCUUCCUCUCGUCCUCCGGCCGGCCCCCUCUGCUUGCCCCUUCCGGCCGGUUUGACUGGUUGAUUAAUAGUUCGUCGACCGAUCGGUCUCGAUUCAUCGAUCAGAGGCGCGUACUACUGCCAAAUCAAACUCUCGAUCGAUCCUAUCAAUCAUAAGUAGCCCAGCGUGUAUCAUGGAGAUGAGGGUUGUGAUUCUUGUAGCCAUGGCGGCUGUGGUGGCCGCCGUGCUUGAAGCGGCGGCGGCGGCGACGUACACGGUGGGCGCGCCGGACGGGCUGUGGGACCUGCAGACCAACUACGCCGAGUGGGUCGCCGCCAGGACCUUCCACCCCGGCGAUAACAUCACGUUCACGUACUCGCCGGAGCUGCACGACGUGGUGGAGGUGAGCAAGGCCGGGUACGACGCCUGCUCCAGCGCCAACAACAUCUCCGCCUUCCGCACCGGCAACGACGUCGUCGCGCUCACCGCCGUCGGCACCCGCUACUUCCUCUGCAGCCUCACCGGGCACUGCGACAGCGGCAUGAAGAUCCGGGUCGACGUCGUCGCUGCCGGCUCGGCGCCAGGCCCUGCCGCCGCAGCGCCGACGUCCGCCGCGGGCUCGGUCACGACCCCGCCGGCCGCCGCUGGGAUCGUUGGCCUCGGCGGCGGCGUCGUCGUACUAGCCCUGCAGCACGGCUUCAUGACCUUGUGGUAGCCAGACGCGCGUGUGCGUGUAUAUGCAUGCAUCCAUACGUGUCGAUCUGUACACUUUGAUAUUUGAAGAUCCCAGGGACGAUUAUUCGUGUAAAUGUUCUUUUGUUCUGCUAAAUAUUUCAUGAAAAAUAUACAUCGCAGAAAACUCCAAACAGAUAAUGUUAUCUCUCAUCUGGUAAUUUUUUUGUUCAAGUUUACAGCUGAAUAUAGAAUUAUCGGUCACUAGUUAGAGAU